UUGGACGGGCACCGGCCGUUGCAUCAGAGUCAGAGCGGGAACGCGCGAAGCUAGAAGGACCUGGAACCGCAUUACAUCGGUCCAUGCUCUCGAAUCUCACUCUUAGUCACCUUUCCGACUUUACGAUUACGAUAAAGCGAUAUCUCUCUCGAGUACAAAUCUAUAGACACUCGGCAUCUUGCGCCGAUACAUAGUCCCGUUCCUUUCCUUCGGCUUUUGGUCCUGUAACGUCUGGGGUUCAAACCCACAUCUCUUGUUUGUCAUACAUCGUUGCAUAGACACUUGGAUCGCUCCGCGCAUCGGCAUUCCGAUAGACUACCCCCGCCCAUAUCCAACUUCUGACAUCUGAAACCACCUCGACCUCCGAGUAUAUACGCGUCUAGAAGUUGGACGGCGAAAUCGCAUUCCCUGAACUUUCAGUCUUGCACCGGCGUCAUGGCCUCAGAACUGCCUAUCCCGGAUACGCGCGUCCUGGCCGUCGCCAGUCACGUUGUAUCUGGAAACGUAGGGAACAAAAUCGCGGUGUUCACGCUGCAGUCCCUCGGCUACGACGUCGCGGCCCUCAACACCGUCCAAUUCAGCAACCACACAGGUUAUAGGCAAUGGAAGGGCACCAGGGUAUCAGCGCAGGAGAUUCGGGACCUCUUCGACGGCCUCAAGCAGUCGUACCUUGACGACUUUGAUAUGAUGCUCUCGGGAUAUAUCCCGGGCGCCGAGGCUGUUGUCGCCGUGGGCGACAUCGCAAAGGAGCUAAAGCAGAAGCAGACGGCCGCGGGCACACCCGGGAACUUCUUUUGGGUCUUAGACCCCGUUAUGGGCGACAACGGGAGGCUGUAUGUCGCCGAGGAGGUCGUGCCCGCGUAUCAGUCGCUUGUCGAGUACGCCGACUUGAUUCUCCCGAAUCAGUUCGAGGCAGAACUGCUUUCAGGUGUAAAGAUCACAGACAUGCAGACCCUCCAGACCGCCAUCCGCGCCCUGCACACCAAGUACCGCAUCCCUCACGUCGUAAUCACCUCUGUAUCCCUCGCUUCGCCCGACCACCCGCCCUCGCACCUCUCCGUCGUCGGCUCGAGCAUGUCGCCCACCACCAGCGAACCGCGUCUCUUCAAGAUCGUCUUCCCGGCCAUCGACGCCUACUUCUCCGGCACGGGCGACAUGUUCGCCGCGCUGAUGACGGUACGCAUGCGCGAGGCCGUCAUUGCCGCCUCUGGGGGAGCGGGCGCCGGUGCCGCCGGUGAAGGGGAGGAAGGGGAGGGCCUGCUGAAGGACCGCAAGUCGUGGCUCAGCGGCGACGAGGUAGACGCGCUGGAGCUGCCCUUGGCCAAGGCGGCGGAGAUGGUGCUGGCUAGCAUGCACGAGGUGCUGGCGAAGACGGCGCGCGGGAUGCAGGAGGUCGUGCGGGCCGCCGGGGUGGAUGAAACGACGGAGGAGGGGAGGAAGAGGCUGCACUUGCUCAAGAGCAAGAGCGCGGAGCUGAAGCUUGUGAGGAACCUGGCGAGCUUGAGGGAGCCGGUUGUGGAGUUCCGAGCGAAGAAGUUGUAGGCCAGAGUUGAGGGCGGGCUGUGUGCUUUUGACUAGGAGAGGCUCAUAGAUGCCUAAACACACGUACACAAAAGGGGGGGGGGUUGGCUGUUUAUCAAUUGCAUGGGGCGGCGUAGAUCGGUCGGGAUAGAAAAACGCAUAUCAUGGUCGUAGUCAUCAUUCGUCUAUUUUUGAUCCCUUGUUCUAUAAACACGCCAUUUUUUUCUUUCCCACUUUGUUUUUCGCCCAUGGUGAUGCCACCUAGCCACCACUUGCUAUCUAACUACAGCCAUAUGGUAGAUAGGUCGGUAUCCUGCUUCUGUGCU